CUUUAUUUCCCAAUUGCCGCGUGCCCUUCAGUGUCCAAUUUCUAUGCACUUUAGUUCUGACAGAGAAAUCCAGCGAGGCCAUUAAGAACCGUCUUGAACCCCGACAAUUUGGAGCAACUACUAAUAUGGAGAAAAGUUGCUCAGCAAACGCAAAGAAAAGGAGCUUUGGAAACAAUUCUAAAAAGCCCUUUUCACACUUCACAAAUGGGAGCUUUCAAAAAACGCAAUAUCAUCAGUUGCAGCCUGGGAUGAACCCAGGGGGAAGUUACCGCUACCCUGCAGAGAACGGCCUCACCCUUUGCCAGUUUUCAAACAGCAGGCUGGCUGCACAAAAUGCAGCCCUGAGAGAGCAGCUGGUGCUCCAGCACCACCGACAUGACCAUGAAAGGCAGCAGCUCCUGAGAGCUCUGAAGAAGCCGAACGAGUCCAAGUCGGAAAACCUCAUCGCGCUCGUAAAUGAACAGUGGCAACAGUGGUGGGCGAUCCGAGAGCAGGAGACCGCUGACCAAUUUCAAACUCAGUGGGUGGGCAUGCAAUGGUACAUAGAGGAGAUGGCUGUUCAUUGUUGCACUCAGUUGGAAACCAUGCAUGAGCACAACGUGGACACUGUUUGCUAUUUUCAAAACGAGAUGGAGUAUCUGCGGUGGCGCAUGGAACGGGUCAUCUCAGAGAGGGAUGAUCUCAUCAAAAACCUGAAAAAAGAAAAUUCUUUCCUCCUGGCCGAGAAUAAAGAGUUAUCCUCCCAGCUCAGCAAAUUCAAAGCAGAGACCCCAGAGAUGCAAAAUACACUAAAAGCUUUGGAAGAUCAGUUGCAGGCUGAGCAGGAGGCAAAGACGAGUCCUGCCAUUGAGGGGCCCCUUGAACAAGUGAAAACGCUGGAGGAAUCAUUUAAGAUCCUCUCAGUGCACGAAGAGGAGCUUGAGGUACGCCAUUUUAGCUGACCAAGUUCUGACAUUAUGCACACGGCUGUGCGAAAGUCUACCAUCAAAGCGUCAUAACCAGCUGAGUCACAACUGUGUUGUACUAUGUCAAGUAUGCAAAAUAAAAAUGCAAACCAGCCACAA